AUGUGUAAAAUCGCGGGUGCGUUUUUCCUACUGGUUGUUGUUCCUGCUACUUGGGCCAUCCCUGCCAAGGAUGACCUGAUGUUGGACCUGGGGGACGACACCGCCGUCGUGGAAUCCACAGUAAGAGAAGCUCGAGCCGUCGUUCCUGAGCACAUUGAAGACCUCAUCCGGCCAGGGGUGAAGGAGGCUUUCUUGCACACGUACGGCGACAAGGAGGACUCAGACGGGGAUGUACAGGGGUACCACAAGAAGACACAGGAUAAAGGAAGUGAUGGCUACAAGCACUUCGAUAGCUACCAUAAGAAGGACGGGGACAAAUACGGCUUCGAGAUGCAUUCGGAGUUUGGAAAGGAGAAUAAGGGAGGAGCCAGUGGGGGCGGCAAAUCCGAGAAAUACUCGGAAGGUUAUGACAAUAACAGAGACGACGAGGCCGAAACCAAAAAAUCCUACCAGGUUGUCGAAAAGGAAAACGAGGGUAAAAAGGGAUUGCGCGCCGUUGAAGAUUAUGAUGGAGAUUCCGGCUAUUACGCUGAUUCCGGUGACUCUGAAGGCUACACGGACGGAGGAUCUGAAAAUUACAACGAAGGAGAAGGAGAGGCUGCAGCAAAUACUGAGGGAGGUGACAACGAGUCUGAAUAUUACGGAGGGUAUGAUGAAGGAGAUGGUGAUUCGGCUCAUUAUACAGCAGAGGACGGUGACAAUGAGAGCUACACCGAAUAUGACGACGGAGGAGAAUCAGAAGCCUACACCGAAGCGGAGGAUGACUAUUGAUUUUAAUUUGUUAUACUUUGUUACCUGUUUGUUGAUAUUUUUAGUAGAAAAAUAAACAAAAUUGUACUCUGUUGAA